AUGAUGGGCAGAGAUGGCGUUGGUGGCGUACGACAUGAAGCUCAGAACCCGUUACUUCGCCGCAGAGCCCCUCUGUGCAGUGCAGACCAGAUAUUCAAGUCCCGCCGUUCUGAGACUUUUCUGACCGGACAGCCGUCUCCUAGUAGCGACGCAACUCGCACUACACUACCCAGUCGUCCUUGGGGUGGUUCUGCAACCGGUCACAAAUAUGCACUAGCCGCUCUGCAGGGAGUGUCGCGCCUAACGGAGCAGUUGGGCGGUGGCGAGGGCCCCAGAGUGAGACAUUUAAGGGCUUUGGCAUUCUUGCCUGCCGCAUCUCGCAGACACACAGAGCCACCUGGGAUCCGAGCUUUGAGUAGACGUUCAGAGUCGCAAGGGUCAACAUGGCGACGAGUGAAAGUAGUACAAGGUGACACGAUCUGCGAGCCGCUGACAUGCCAGCAGUUCUACUUCACGAACUCGCAGCAGCCCGCCUACCUCUCCGGAUUCCAACAGCCGCAGUACGAGGACUUCUUCAAGCCCCAGAGCUCGUACGAGCCGUCCCCGUUCCAGCUGCCGGUAAAGGACUUCCCCUCAGAACCUGAUGACCUGGGCCUCAGCACGUUUGUGGACCAGAACCUGGAGAUCGACCAGAGACCCACAGAGGACACCAAGCCGAUCUCCAGACCCAGGCAGAAGGAUCGGACAGGAGACGCGAUUCUAAAGAGAAAGCCGGGGACACGGCCUCAGGCCGGAUCACGAAACAACUUCCUGUUGCCUCGAGGCCAGGCGGACACGUCGCCUAGCAUUACGAGGAGGCCCCAGACGCAGUCCCCCAGCACAGGCUCGACACGGGUCCGCGGUCGGUUCUCGCCUACCACAAAGGCACCCAGUCAGGUGCGGCAGUUCAACAUUAGACCCAGCAAAGUGCCCUUUACGCCCAGACGACCUCUCCACCGCUCGCCCUCCUCAGAAGCCGGCGAGCCUUACAGUCUCAAGGACUCCGUGCGCCCAGAGGACACUGAGAACCAGAAACUCUCGGGUUCUGAGGCUGUCAUCCGCGAUGAAGAAAAUUCCACUUUAAUCGAGGACUCGGACGAGCAGGAAAACACAACUUAUCCUGUGACGGGACACAUGGAAACCACUGACUUUGAAGAUGUGACGGCCACGUUGCACGAAGAGCCUACCACAGUUCUAGAAGAAAGUGGAACGCCCGAAGAACCUGUCCAGAACGAGAACAAUACCAGCGUUUUUGAGGUCUUGACAAUGAACCCAGGACACACAUUAGUCGAGGAAGACAAUUUUCGUGGUUUUGUUGACAGUGUUGUGAUUGAUGCAACUGACGUCCCGCAGACUUCCACUGAAUCGGAAGACAUGACGACGGGGCCGGGGGAUCUCUUGCGGACCACCUUGAAACCACUAGAUAUUUCUUUGGAAUCCACACAGAAACCAGUAGACGUUGCCAUGGUAACCACAUUGAAUUCUGAACCACUGGAUGCUUCCAGAGUAACCACCCAGGGCUCCAGACCUUUGGCCAUUUCCGUGGUAACUACUGCAAGCCCCAAACCACUGGGUGUCUCAAUUGUAACCACCAAGAGCGUGAUAAACGGCACAAUGUUUGCAGUUCCGUCGACAUACUCGGUUGCUCCGCCAGUCCUGGAACAGAUGGCGACUCCUGUACCAGCCAAAGAGCAGCCAGUGUUGACAGACACGACGGAGAGCUGGGUGGUGGUCGCGUCAGUACAGACCAGCAGGAGUGUGUCAGGUGCUAGAUUUCUGCCAUCAAGCGCAGUCAAGCAGGAGGAGAUACCAAAAUCCUUGUCAGCCAAGACUUCGCCCAGUGAGACUAAACAGAGCUUGAAGUCGGCACACAGCACAGAGAGCAUUAUUGACAAGCUGUAUGUUGUGGAAUCUGAGCUGUCCAGCGGUAUAUUGACCGGAGGCUUCAGACCAGAGGGCAAGAAGCUGCAGCUGGAAGUGCUGACUGACAUGACAGACACCACCUCUGUGCCAGCCUCCACAACCUACAAGUCGCCCGUGUUUAUUCGGAAGUUCUCGCCCCACUCCGGCAGAACAACGCCAAAACCAAACAAACUUGCCGCCGUCUUUGACAGCAUUCCGAUGGAUGACUUAUCGCAUUUACUUCCCCCAGGAUUCAAACAGAGGUCUCCAGCAAGUCGUCGCACCACCACACCCGCCACAAAACAUGUUGACCCACUUGACUACCCUCAAGGCGAUGAACCUGUGAAGCCCAAUGGCACCAGCGCCAGAUCAUCUGGGCUCAGCAGCGUCACAAACAAAGUCAGAUUGCAGGGUUCCAGCUCAGUAGCAAAACCACCCAAAAAGCUGGAGGAUCUUUUCAGCGUCAGUGCUUUCCUGCCUCCAGGGUUCAAACAGCCAACAGAAGAGCCGUCCUCGACAACAGUGAAACCCGGUGGUGUAGAUGGACUUCUCAGCAAGGCACGACCAGUGGAUGUCAGUGCUUUCCUGCCUCCAGGGUUCAAACAGCCAACAGAGGAACUAACCUCUACAACAGCGAAGCCCAGUGGCUUGGAGAGAUUAUUAAGCAAAACACAGCCUGUAAAUAUUAGUGCGUUCUUGCCACCUGGGUUCAGACUGCCGGCCGACGAGUCGACCUCGACGUCUGCGAAGCCCAGCAGUGUGGAGGGAUUGUUGAUCAAGGCACGACCAGUAGACGUCAGUGGUUUCCUGCCACCUGGCUUCAAACUGAAGACUACAACUGAGAAAUCUGUCCUGCAUUCUCUUCUUGGUAAAGUGGAAGGGCUCAGAGAUAAUGGCACGUCGGUCCCACAUGGCCUCAGGAAUGAGAACUCCUCGGCCACCGAAGCAACAACGCCCGCUAAUGCGUUCAGAGUAAAGUUCCCCACACCACGAUCAGGUGCGAGUCGCAAACUCCUAGUACCCUCGCCCAAGCCUGUCCAGGGACCAGGCAUUCCAAAACCUAAAAUCAGCACAGGGUGGCCCACAAGGGCCACCACUGAGUUUACUGGCUGGCCCACAUCUUCCACCACGCCCAUUCCCCUCGAGAAGCUGUUGGAGAUGGCGAAGACAGCGACGACCACCAGCAGUUCCACAACCAGCACCACGACUAGCACUACCACCACUACCAGCACGACGACCACGUCAACACCGCGUCCGACAACCCCGGGAGUUUGUGCAGAGGACUGUGACAUGGCAGGCACUGUGAAGUUGGUGGGGGGUGUCGUGUGGGUGCCAGAGCUGCUGGAUCACAACACCGAGGAGUGGCAUCAGCUGGAGACAGUGUACCGCAAGUCAGACUCACUUGGCCGGUGGUUCAGGAAGAUUAGAAUAGACUCCUUCAGUGACAGUGCCAACUCAAAUGCAGUGACCUCUGGUUAUGGUAUGGGCAACGUUCUGGUAGACUACUUUGUGGAGCUGACAGAUCUUGGACGCCGUGUGGACACUCAGGAGAUGAAGAGGCUGUUCCACGGUAGUCUCGCGGCAGCCGAGCCUGACGCCGCGGUCAGCAGUAGGCUGCAGUUGGGCAGCUUUCUGGUGGAUCCGAAGUUCACUGACUUCGUAGUGUUGUCCAAACAGGUUGUGCCGACCGUGGGAUAUGCAGAUGAAGAUGUGUUCCUGCCACAGUGGGCUAUUGCUGGAAUUGUUAUUGGGUUGGCAUCCCUACUGUUUGUCAUCAUUUUUGGUGUCACUGUUCUUGUGAACCGCAACAAGAACAACAAAAAGAAGUCACCCACGCCUCUUACUGAGGACAUGCUGAAUGAACUAAACAAGAAUCACAUGGGAGGUCUUGAUAAUUAUGGGGCAGAUGACCUGUAUAACAUGGAGGAUGUUUGGAAUGACAAGCCUCCAAAAAAGCGGUCAUCAGGUUCUCUGCAGGAAAACAGCGCGUCAAACUUGUAUGACAGCUGGCGGUCAGAGUGGAAUGGCUAUUACUACAACGCGUACUAUGGCAGUGGAAAUGCUGGUAGCAGCGCAAGUGGAUACUCACGCAGACGUUCAGAUUAUGACACUAACUUCUGAAGAUUACUAACAGAACAGCUUGCAGCCUUCACAUGCACGUGUUUCAACUGAGCGACGUAAGUGCGACCCAGCACGUUCAGCAGUUAACAGAUAUUGGAUGUGUUUCCCAGUUACAAGUUCCACCAGUAACAGUAAAUAUAUUGUGAGUGCGCUCUUGAGUUCAUAAGCACGUCAGUGCAUACAAGAUUUUAUAAUGGCAUUGUCUAUGAUUCAUCCCUACUAAUUAAGGUUAUUUUAUGUUCUUAACACUCUGUGUAUGUUACAUCAGGCGCUGGUGUGGUAUAUAUUUACCUUUCUUUACUCUCUUGUCACUGGGCCAAAACUUGAUUGUUUAGUUCUGUAUUUUAAAUGAACACUUAAUAAGAGAAACCCACGUGCCCUUAUUUGGUUUAACUGCAAUUAGAGUCGAUGUUAUCAUCGUUUGUCAAUGUAUGGGAUUAUCGUGCACCUCGGCAAAUGAAGGCGUCAGAGUAAGGGACGGUCCUAGCAACCCUGGUCUUUGCAAUUCGUGCUAUAAAUGUUUCAGCUCUGCUGUUGUGCUGAAUGAUGGAGUCAUCUUUACAGAAGGCUGAAUUCUAGAAUUAGGGAGUCCAUCAACAUGGUUACAAUGUCCAAAGAAGUUGUUAAAAUUGUCACAGAUAGUCAUCUUAGCAGCCCUCUUGUACUUACGUUAUUUUCCAAUGACAGUGGACGUUACGAGUGCCAUUCAAGAGUGGAUGUUAUAUUUUUAUACGUUAGAUGACUUCAGUGCCGGGUCAGAUUCCGUAAUGAUUUCAAGUGAAUGUUUUGAAUAGUGGCUGAAGUGUAAGUCUAAUUCUUUACAUGAAAACACGUGUCUUUACUGCCAGGUUUAGUGCUAAAGACUUUCCACAAAGAUUGUAUGAAACUCACAAGCAAUAUCCUGUGUGUUGAUAUAAAUGUUGCAGUGGCCUGCCUGAACCUGUUGUGCUGAUUUACUGGCAAAUAAGCAGAUUCCCUAUAAAAUACUCUGAGUCGCUGCUCGGUAGUAGUUUAGUUUAAUCAAAACUUUAGUUUGAGAAAUCCGUUGUAUUACAACUUUUUGUUAGUUAGUUUUCACACAUCCUGUCACACAAUAUCUUAAUUGGAUCAGUAAGUACAGAAUCUCUUUUGUGUGCAUGAACAUUUUCUUCGUAUGACCAGAAUUUUAUUGACUUAUCCCUCAUAGUCCGCAAGACUUGCAUGAUAUGAGAGAUAUCAGGCCUGUAUGUUAUGCCCUGAACAGUCACCAGGAGCUGUGUCAAACAUUUCAGGAUAACUGUGAAUGAAAAUUGACAAGUUAUUUGUAAGGAAGCAGUCAUUCAUAAUUUCUAGGUGGCAGAUGAGGUUCGUGCUACUGGUUUCCUGAACAGAUGUGCUGUAAUCCAGCUUUGUGACAUCAUGUUAUAUCUGGGGUUCCAUAUUUAUAGUUGCUGCAAGAAAGUCCUGAUCUAAUUCUGAGUUACGUACAUGGCAUGAUGCCAGGGUCGGCAUGUGUUUUAUGUCAUGGCCAAUGUAGGCCUGUUCAUGAACACUUUAUAUCACUGUCUGAAAGAAGUGGUUUGUGAAGUCCUGGUCUGCAUAUAAGUAAAUGUUGCACUGUUAUCUAUUUUGUAGGUGGGGAAAAGAUGUCAAGCAUGUCUUGCUGCUGUUUAUUCUUAAACUAUAGAUGUUCCUCAUAUAAACCGGUGAUUCUCAACCUGUGAUCACGAACCUCUUGAAAAUGUGCUAAAUGUAGCCUAACUCUUAGAGGAAAAUUAUAUGGGAGCAGAUGUUACUUUCAAAAUUGUGAAAUCAAGGAGAUUAUGAUGAUGUCAAUUGGAUAUAAAUUUAAGGGAUAACUAAUAGGAAACUAUAAAUAAAUAAGAGAUUUGUUGCCUUCUGUUCCCCCUCCCUCCCUCAAAGCAAUUGUCUUUCAUGGGCAUUGCUGCCCUAUUUAGAACUGCAAGACAUCUCACACUUGCAUUGUGAUUGAAUUGCAGUGUAUUUAUGUAUGGUGAGCACCAUUGUUUCCAUUCUACAAGAUACCCAACUUCAGUAGUCUGGAAUUAAAUGUAUGAAACAAA